GUGGCUUGCGGGGAGGCGGCGAUGAGCGUGCUCCGCGGCUGUCUGAGCCGCCCUCCGCCGAGCCGGGUUUGUGCCUUGCGGCUGAAUGACGGCAAAUGCCUAGCUCUCCUGCUGCCUUUGGAGGUCUCCCCAGAAGUCUUCGUUCGCUGUCUUCUUGAGCUCCGCGAGGGUGCUGGUGUUGCGAACAGAGGCAAGAUGGUGGCGCAGAGAAGCAGUGAAGGAGGUACCACCUCAACAGUGUCAGAGGUGCUGAACACGCCCCGGGAGGAUGCGAUGCAGUUCAUGGACAGGCUGGAUGCUGGCAGGCAUAGCCCUGGCAUUGAGGCCUCGCAGCCGCGCGGUUCAGUGAAUACGCUGGCAGGUUCGAGCUUUAUGGAGGAACCCCUGGCUGACACGCAAGAGUUGGGCCAUCUGCACCCGUCGCUUGGGGCAGCACCCGCAGCAGUUUGCAACCCGACAGUCGCACAGUGCCAGCUGGCUUCUCCUCAGGCGAGGUCUCUGAGUCCACCUCCUACGGUGCAUCUCGCGCAGACAGCGGCCGCUGCGCGCCCAUUGAGUCCAUUGCCGGCUCCCGUCCUUGCGCUGCCUUUCGGAGCUGGGCAGCCAGCUGCGGCACUGCAAGUGCAGACGCUUCCCACCCGCACUGUCGUGACGCAGAGCAUGCCGGUGCAGAUGCCACAACGUGCAGCAAACGCCUGGACGCGCACAAUUGUGUUUCCACCACGUCGGAUGUCUGCGCCAGAAGCAUCCCUGAUCAGGACAAUGCCUGGGGCCGUGCUGCCGAUGUCCACGCUUCAGGGUGCUGCCUGA